GCGGUGAUCUGCUCCACGGAGAGUCCACGUCGCUGUUUAUGUUCACGGCUGUCAGAGAGAGAAAACUGUCUCGCGGGGGUUGAUCUGUCGGCAGUUACACAGUGCGGGAAAUUAACGUUAACCCAACCGCCCACUUACUCAACGGUUUUUACAACGGCCGUGUUUUGGCUGUUUUUUCACCCUCAGUCAUGUGAUGUAACGUAAAACCCCUAACCGGAAAACAACGACGGACGACCCUCUCCGCCGCCAACGAAUGCUGCGUUUGCGAGGAACCAGUACAAGCCGCUGCGAGCCCAGAGAGAGGACGGACGAGUCCCCGGUAACAAACAAACAACGGCGACACGGCAAACUCGACCGAAUAACCGGGAGUGCAGGUUGAAGAAUGGAGUUGGCCAACCAUGGUCUUAUCCUGCUGCAGCAGCUCAAUGCUCAGAGGGAGUUUGGCUUCCUGUGCGACUGCACGGUGGCUAUAGGAGACGUCUUCUUCAAAGCACACAAAGCCGUCCUCGCCGCCUUCUCCAACUACUUCAGGAUGCUCUUCAUCCACCAGGACAGUGACUGUGUGCGGCUGAAGGCUGCAGACAUCCAGCCAGACAUCUUCAGCUAUCUCCUCAACCUGAUGUACACCGGCAAGCUCGCCCCCCAGCUCAUAGACCCGGCACGCCUGGAGCAGGGGGUCCGAUUCCUUCACGCAUAUCCGCUCCUGCAGGAGGCCAGCCAGUCAGUGUACUCCCACCCCGAGCAGAGCCUCAACCUCUCCACCUCGCUCUACGGCAUCCAGAUCUCCGACCAACAGGGGGGGCUUUCAGCUCGGCUACCUGCUCGUCGGCAGGUCUCCUCGCCUUUCGACAUGGACCAGUUUAACUCGGAGGGGAAGUUUCCGUCCACAGCUUCAUACGCUCACUCCUUAACGUCCAAGCUAGCGUCCUCGCCCCAGGACACAGAAGCCUCAACUAGCGGGGCUAAACCAACAGCGGAGGAGGGUGUGGCAGACUUGCUAGGUGCGGAUGGCUCCUCAGCGAGUGCUUCCAUCCUCCACGUGAAGCCGAGCAUCAUGAAGAGGACUUCUUCUUUCAGGAAGCAUUACUCCUGUCACAUGUGCAGGAGCAGAUUCACACAGAGAAGCCUGCUGCGAGAGCAUCUCCUGCAGCACACACAGACUCGGCAGCAAGUGCCAGCUGAGCCCAGCAACCUCUCGCCUGUUUUGACUGCAGAGCAAAGCAUGCUGGAAGUAGAGGGGAUCCUUAAGGGGCUCAAGGCAGGGUCCGGCGCCUCUGCUUCCCAUACAGCAGUAGAGAUAAUCAGUGACAGCGAGCAGACGCCAGUUUCAGGGACUAAUUCAGACUCUCCCAGAGCUGAGGUGUCCACAUCCAGCUGGGGGUUGGGAGGAUUACACUCUCAGGCGGACACACCUCCUCCGUCAGACAUCGCCGACAUAGACAACCUUGAGACCGCCGACUUGGACCGAGAGGUGAAGCGGAGGAAAUACGAGUGCUCGACGUGCGGGCGGAAGUUUAUUCAGAAGAGCCACUGGAGAGAGCACAUGUACAUCCACACGGGGAAACCCUUCAAAUGCAGCGCCUGCGGAAAGAGCUUCUGCCGGGCCAACCAGGCGGCCCGCCACGUGUGCCUGAACCAGGGUGCCGACACCUACACCAUGGUGGACCGACAGAGCAUGGAGCUGUGCACGGCAGGCGACGACAGCAGCCAGAUGGAAGCCAUGUUCUUGGGUUCCGCAAAGCCUUACAAGUGUAACAUUUGUGCAACCACCUUCUCCAGUCCCAACGAGGUGAUCAAACAUUUGUGCUUCACCCAGGGGGGGCUCGCGGGGCUGCAGGCUAACAGCAUGGGCACGGGGAUGGUGCUCCAACGUGAAGAGUUCUCCAAAGACGAAGGCUCUGAUUUGUCUAAUUCCGGCACCCCGCUGGAGCCCAUAAAGACAGAGGAGAUCCUCGUAGAGUAGUACCAAAACUGUGUACGUCCUUUUUAACACAUUUAUUUUCUAAAUUAUGGUUAAUAGGUGAGCUAAAGGUGGAAUUAGUCAGGGUAUGCUUGUUGGAGGUUUUUAAUCUAGAAGUUAUUUUUGGGGUCUCUUUCAUGGGAACAGUAUUUUUAUUUUUUUUUGUCCCUAAGUCUGAAAAAAAGAUGUAUUUCAAAGUGAAUAUUUUAAAGCUCCCUGGAGUUCAGCUGACGACAUCAUCAUAACCUGCUAAUAAAACAGUUGGCAUGCGUUGUUGUUAGACUCUCACUCAGGCUGUGCUGCAUUAUUUCUCUUGAGACCUACCGUUGUGGUGAAGCUGCACAGGCUGACUUUCAGAAUAAGAGGAAGAGGAAGAGGAAGCAGAGAUACUUCCGGAGUAGACAGCUUGUUGUGAGAUGAGAGGAGAGCCACUAACUGCUAACAGUCUCUUUUCGGAGCCGCACAGAAGACUUGAGAUGAUAAAAGCACACAUUUUAUUCCGACCUGAGACAAUCUGUGCUCUUUUUUUGAGUCGAUACUCAUUAUAUAGGAAAAGAACUUUGUCUUCCAUUCAUGUUUGGGCAAUUUUUUAAAUCCCUUCCAGAAAUAGCUGAGUUUUUAUGUUGUCUGUUUCAUCAUCACCCCAUAAUAAAGCACAAUCUCUCUUUAUAUGAAGAGUUCAGCCUCUAGAGGUUUUGUCACAACAGGUGAGAGUAGUCGUAUUUACUGUGGAGUCUCUUCUACAUGUCCAUGUCGACACAAACCUCAAUAAGAAUCUGUCCAAUGCUGUUGUUAAUUUGCUUUAACCCUCCUGUUAUGUUCGUUUCUCUGGAACAGCAAUAAUGUUCCUGUCAUAUUCAAUUAUCCAAAAGUGUCAGAACCCCAAAAAUCCCAAAACAUUUUUUUGAAAAUCUAAUUUUUAACUCCUUUACUAACCAUUCAAAUCAAGACUUAGACCAUUGGUGUUCUUUAAUUCUCACAGAUCAUGGUGCAAUGAGGAUAACUCACUCGUUUUUCAUUCAAAUUCAUGUUAAAACUUUUUUUUAAUGUACAUUGGAAAGCCCUUAAUAUAAAUACAAUAGUUUUACAUGACAUAGAUUUUUGUUUAUUUUAUUUCAAUUGUUGAAUAUUUUUAUUUUUAUUAAGUGAUGCUGAUAAAUUAACACGAAACCUCCUCUGUCACAAGCAUUUUUAUGCUGCAUUUAGCUGGUUUGGAAGGCAUAUAUUGCCUUAAAUAGACUUUAAAAAGGGUCAAUUUGACCCGAAACAUAACAGGAGGGUUAAAGUAUAUCUAAGAGCCCUUCAUUUUUGUUUGACAUACUUUUUCAAUUUUAUAAACGAUGCUAUAUUUACAAAAAUAACGUAUAUGAAUAUAACAAGACAAAAAAACUUCUUAGAUACAUUUGUUUUAGUAAAGUAUUACAUAUUAAGGAUGGGCAAGAUACAUGUAUCUUUAAUUUUCUCACAGAAAUUGACUCACAGUUAAAAAAGCAGGGGUUUAAAGUGACUCUCCCCAGUGCUGUCCUCCUUAUUCAUUUGGUGCAAAGGGAAACAUUUUCUUUGUUUAUACCUUUAAAUAUUUAAUCUUUAACUUUGUCAAAGUCAGAAAAAAGAAGUAGCAGUUGUAGCUGUAGUCAUUUAUUGAACACUUAAAGGUUAACAUUAUGACAUCGGAGAGCUGAAGAUGUAGAAGUUAAAUGUUUUCCUGGCAGUGAGAGGUCACACGGGCGAGGUUAUAAGACACAUUUGACUCUUUCUCUCUACAGCUUGAGUUAACAGAACAUUUUCUAUGUACUACUGAUGACUGAAACUCUCUACAUACAUGUCCAGUUAAUGUGAAGUGUUAUAUGAUUUCUCAUGAUGAAACUUGUCAAGUUGAACAGUAUCAGAAGAAGCAAAUUGCAGGUUUCCUAAUUAGACUGAAUUCUGCAUCUCUCCUCCAGACAUGGGGUGUUUUUUUUCCUUCACCUAUUUGAAUCCUAAAAUACUUAUGGACGCCUUAUAACACUGUUAUUUUGUCAAAGGUCAUUAGAGUUUGAAAUCAAUUCUAUUUUGUAUGAUAUUGCUGCGACAUCACAUUUUUGGCCUGAAGUUGCUCAGAGAAAAAGCGAUCUUUCCAAUCCCUCUAACUUUGCAAAUACCAAAAAAAUGAUUUGUCAUAGUCUGACAUUUGUCUUCCAAAUCUCUUUGAUGCAAAAGUUUAACACUUCUCAAGUGAGUACCUGACAGAGCAGACACCUGACCAUCCUGGAGAGCAGUUUGAAAGAGUUGAAAUAUAAUUAACAAGUUUAUUUUAAAGCAGAUUAAACUAAACAAGAACUUAUAAUGUGUAUUGUAGAAAAUAAAAGUGUCUUUUUUUUAUUUUUGACUUCCCUCCAUUUUUAAUUUUGUAGUUAUAUGAAUGCCAAUCCCCUGUAUGUUCCAGAUGCAUUAUCGGUGCCUUUAGCACACACACCAGUGACAGGAGGCCCAGUGCAGUAAUGAUUGAUUGACUGGGAUUCCUGGACUUAAAAUAUGUCUUUGCUUUGUUGCAAUGAUGUGAGUGUUUGACUAGAUGGAGCUGUUUCACAGGUCAGGGAAGGCUUUCAGAUUUGAAGUAUCUCUACUUCUUUAUUUUGCCAAUAAUGUGAUGCCAUAAAUAAAACCUGAAUUUGAAUCAUAUAAAGCUCAAAUAUCUGUGAAUUUAAUUUAAGAGUGUUACGUGUUGACUAACGGAAGGAUUUUUUAUGUGUCUUGAUUCAAGAGUUACAAAUGCUGUACUACUGAUGUUCAUGUCUCAAAGCUUCACAGACAUCUGCACAGCUUUAUGAAAAGAUUAAAUAUAAUCUUGCUCAGCUCAAGUUGUAAUUGUUCUUCUCGGCACUAGUCUCAUAACUUUAAAGUUGUGUAUGUGAGUGUUUUCAACAUCUCAGUAUCUCAGGAAGAUGAGAUGUCUGACUUUCUCUUCUGUUCUGUUUUGAAACAUUUUAUUUGCAGUCCAUGAAACUACCUUUAAAUGUCCAUCUGAAGUCUACUGUGAUCAACCUUGUUCUCAGGAAUGUGAGUGAUAUUCUGUAUGAACAUUUUUUCCUUUUUCAGUGAAGAAUGAACAAUAAAACGUCGUUUUUUUUCCA